CGUUUUUAAAACCCACAGUUAAAACGUACACCACUACACUGGGCUGCAGAGCAAGGUGCCACACAGUGUGUCCAGCUUCUCCUCCAGCACGGGGCGGAUCCUAAUAUACAGAGUGAAUGGAUAGGAUGGAAUAUUUUGAAAGUGGGGUGUACACUGUUUAAUAUUAAUAUGAAUACAUUGUAUGUAACUUUAAAUCACAUUUACUGACACAUUUUAAUUUUGUUUUUGCUGCCAAAUCUUACAAUUUCACAUCGCAAAAUAUUCUGGAAUAAAAUCAAUAAGUAAGGUCUAAUGAUCAUACAUAAACCCUGUAUUGACAUACAGUAAAUUGUUUAAUUAUAUGAGAAUAUAGACGAAUUAUCAUAAAAUAAAGACAGAUUUUGCAUUAAAAUUAUCAUAAUUUUAGAAUCCACAGGAUGUAUCUGGACGUACUCCACUACACUUGGUUGCACAGCGAGGUGCCACACAAUGUGUCCAGCUUCUCCUCCAACAUGGGGCGAAUCCCAAUAUACAGGAUAUGUUAAGACGUACACCACUACACUUGGCUGCAAAGCGAGGUGCCACACAGUGUAUCCAGCUUCUCCUCCAGCACGGGGCGGAUCCUAAUAUACAGGAUAGGCAGGAAGAAACCCCGUGCACGCUUGCACAAGAGAAGGGCCUAACAGUGAUUGCAGAAUACCUGUGUCGAUUUAACAACCCAGGUGUUCAGGAGCAUUUCCUCAAAGUAGCCUUCCUCAGGUUAUGUGAUCACAUCAAAUUGGACGAUUGCCGCAUGUUGGCAAGAGAUCACCUUGGUAUAGGAGACGUAGAAAUAGACGACAUUGAUAUGAACCACCAAAGAAACGCUUGGGAGCAACGCUUCCAGAUGCUUUCCUUGUGGAGAAGUAAGACAUCAGAAGCGUCAGUGAAAGUAUUGAUUGGCUUCUUGAGAGCUGCAGAGCUGGUUAAGACGGCGGAAGUCAUUGAGCAGUACUAUGUAGAGGAGCUGCGCAAAGUGUGUGAAAUGUCUGCGGAAGAAUACCAGCGUCUUACUGCCGUAGAUCUGCCAGUCAUCUGCCCAUCUGCCUUGGGUGAUAUGCGUCCGGUGAAGUUGGAGGGCUACGUCUCUGAAAACCUGAAGAUCUUGUACGUUAAAGCUGGUGGAUUACGGAUCCAAAAUGGAAAAGAAGACGGAAACAACAAGAAGCUUGAGGCGGUGAUGAAAUACCGUCACUUUGGAGACGCCACUUACGAAUUCCUUUAGUGCACAAUCAUGACAUUGGGGUUUAAAAAAUAUAAAUUUAGGACCUAAGUUGCAGUGGCGGAUUUAGGGGGAUGUCAGGGGGUC